CUUCUAGAUAUAUCUUAUGUGUGUUGACCAAGAAACUUAGAGGGAGAAUAAUACUUGACAUCUUCAAGCCGCCGGAGUUGACUGUCCUCCGUUCACACCGGACGUUCACACCGGACGUGUGUGAACGUUCACACCGGACGUUCACACUUGGUUUAACACCUAUAAAUAUGGGUGUAUUGUGAACUUCAUUUGAUUCUCUAAUCUAUUCUCUCGCUUCUCUCAAGUUUAUAACAUCUCGCUUCUCUCUAGUUUAUAACACGUUAUCAGCACGAAAGUUCUAGUUAUCUCAUCAUCUCCCUUCGAUCGUAAAAGGUCCAAUUUUCGAAUUCUAUUUCUCUUUAUUGGUUGUUGUUGAUACUAUUGUUUAAAUUGCAUUCCAUGUAUUGACGUAUUUGAAUUGAUUACUAAAAAAAAAACGAAUCAAUUGGGAAUUGAGAGCCAUUGUAAUUAUGUAUGUGUUUUUAGAUUGAUUUGGUAUACUUAGUCAACGUAUAUGAAUGUUUUGGGAUUUAGGCAAAGAAUCAUGUUGCUAUUUGUUUCUUUCUUCAAAUUAUUAUUUUGUUUCGUGUUCUUUGAUGAUCUAUAUAUACAUUUAAAUCUAUUGAAGUUGAAAGAGAUUUAAAUCUUAUGCUCUUAUUUUUGAAAUUUGAUAUGUUAUAUUAUGAAAUAUACUAUAUAUAUAUAUAUACAAUUUUUUUUUCUUUUCAAAAUGAUCUUGAAAAUUAAUUGAUGCUAUUUAAAUAGCACAAGUAAUAUUCCUGAAGAAUAUUAUAUUCAAGAUCUUAAAUUGAUGCUAUUAAAGUAGCACAAGUAAUAUUCCUGAAGAAUAUUACAAGCUCUCUGAGCAAAUAAAUUAAACAUUUGGAUAAUAUAUCCUUGAUUAUUUUGUGCAGAAUUGCACGGAUGGCAAACAUAGCCAAACUUGAGUUCGUCGCCCUUGACAUCUCGGGCAAGAAUUACAUGUCAUGGACUCUUGAUGCUGAUAUUCACCUGAUCUCAAGGGGUCUAGGAGAAACUAUCAAAGAAGGAAACAAAGCGUCCGACCAGGAUCGCGCUAAGGCACUAAUAUUCCUUCGUCAUCACCUUCAUGAUGACCUUAAGACAGAGUAUCUGACUGUCAAAGAUCCACAAGAAUUGUGGAUGAACCUCAAAGACAGGUUUGAUCAUCAAAAGACUGUCGUCCUUCCUAAAGCUCGUUACGAGUGGAUGCAUCUAAGACUGCAAGACUUUAAGUCUCAACAAUAUAGAGAGCGGGGUUUCAAAAAGUAUUCAGAAUUAAUAGCUUGUUUGUUGGUUGCCGAGCAAAAUAAUGAAUUGCUCUUGAAAAAUCACGCACUCCGCCCCACCGGUUCCGCUGCAUUGCCUGAAGCCAAUGCAACUUUCAACCAUGAUAAUGGACGUGGUCGUGGGAACCAACGUGGACGUGGGCGUGGACGUGGAUAUGCUCGUGGUCGUGGACGCGGUAAACCACAUGAUGCAACCUUUAGCAACAAAAAGCAUAAAGCAUCCAACGAGCACAAUUCAUACAAAAAGGAAGGUGAAUGCCAAAGGUGUGGUAUGACAGGACAUUGGGCACGUACUUGCCGAACAGCAAAACACCUUGCAGAUCUAUAUCAAGAUUCAAUCAAGGGAAAAGGCAAGAAGGAGUCCAAUAAUGUUGACUUUGACGGUCCAAUUGAUACUACUCAUUUAGAUGUCUCCGACUUCUUUGAUGACCCAAAAGGAGAUAAUAUAGAUCAAUUGAUCGGUGGUGGUGUGCUUGAAGAUAAUAAUAUGGACACCGUUUAGUCCUUAAUUUUAUCU